UGAUUAGAUUAACUAACGGACAACAUUAGCCCGUCUCUGUGUGCAAUAAUGAAACCGAUAGAAGAGGGAUUUACGCUUGUUCCAUACUUAUUCUAAGAAUAUUGUUUCAUUUGGAAGACUGGGGACUUGAGGAUUUUUAUAUCAUAAAUUGUCUUACAUAUACAUAUAGUGUUUUUUUCUAGUGUAUAUCUAUUUUAAACAGGAGUCACAUCAAUUUACCGCGGAAUGGAUGCUUAUUAUCACUGCACAACAGCAUUACGUACUACUCAUCAAUAGUAACUCCAGCAGCAGUAGUACUCAAUUGCACUACUAUCAGUAGUAGUCACCCUGUGUAAAUAUUUCAUUUCAAUGGAUUCCAAUUCUGGAUAGCAUAUUAAUGCAUUGGGACUAGGAUUUCACAAUUACAAUGAACAUUGUACGAAAUAAUCAACUCGCAUUUAGACAAAAGCCUUAUUCAUCAAUAUUCAUUGUUUAUUCUCUGGUAUACUGUUUCAUAAUAACAGCAUUACCGAGCAGCACCCCCACCACCAGCACUAGCAGUUUAGUCAUCCAUGAAGAGAAAUUGUUACGUCAAUUUGUAAGUUUCAUUCAAUCUACAUCGCAUAAUUCCAAUGCAUGUUCAUUAAAUCUGCGUAAAUCAAAUACGCUAUCCAAUACUAUAAAUUUAAAUGAAACAUUCCAUCCAAUAUUUCAUAGUGUUAUAACUCAAAAGAGUUUAACAAAAAAUUUCUUACAUGAUAUAUAUAAAUGUAUUGAAAUUGUGAGAACUUUUAAUCGUUGGUAUUAUCAAUCUACUUCAGAGAAUUCGAUAACACUACCGUCUGUACAACAUUCCAAAGCAAAAUUAGAAGAAUACUUGACUAAUUUACUACAUUUAAGUAGACCAGUUAGAAUUCAUAAUGCUGAAUCACUUAUCAUGAGGAAUUUAAAUCUUAAACCUGUCAAUAAUGCAACUACUAGUCGACAUGAUCAAACCGCUUUUUUAACUUAUAAUCAUUCUAAUCUAUUGGGUAUUGGUUAUUGCCGUAAUGAUCUAUUAAAAGCUUAUGUAAAUAAUUAUACGUCUACUCCUAUCAGUAAUAGUAAUGCUUAUCCUGUGCAUUUAAACGAAAUUUGCAGCCAAUUUCGAACCAGUAUUCAAGCAUUCAAUAAUCAUGAGGAUACAAUUAGUUUUAGUGAUUUUCAAUAUGGGAAGUUCUCAUCCUUUUGGGCACCAGUUAAAUGUGAUACUAACUCAUUUAUGCCAAUUGUAUUAAGAUAUUUUAUAUAUAACACAGAAAUGAGCUUAUUUUUCGAAUUCGACAUAAAAGACUUCGUUAUUGACCAGUGUGCAUUGGAUAUGAAUCGAUGCAGAGCGACAACACGAUGUGUUUACAAACGAUAUUACUCAUCUCCCUUCAAUAUGGAUAAUUAUAAUUGUGAAUGUGCUCCAGGAUAUUAUAUUGACAAUAUCGAGAAUGGUUAUUCUGCUCCAUUGAUUGAUGCAAAAAUUCAAGAAGCUUUAGCCAGUAAUGAAGCUGAUCCACCAAGAUUUUAUUGUCGACCAUGUCCACCUGGCUGCUCAGAGUGUAAAGCGAAUAAACUUUGCAGUGCACAAUUUGAUUACAAUCUACUUCGAGCUAUUCCAUUAGCUUUUCAAAGUUUUUGUAUUACAAUUUGUCUACUAUUUGGUAUGGCAAUGUUUAAAAUACGUAGAGCACGAGUAGUUAAAAGUGCUAAUCUUGUGCUCAUGGAAAUAAUGCUUGUAGGAGCGAUUCUCUUGUAUUCAACAAUUGUCGUUAUGUACUUUCCAGUUACUGAUAUUUCAUGCCUUAUUCUUCCGUGGUUUCGUGAAGUUGGCUUCUCUGUUAUGUAUGGUGUAUUAAUUGUAAAAAUUUACAGAGUUUUAUCUGGUUUCCAGUCACGUAAAGCGCAUCGUGUUCACGUGAGAGACAAAGAUAUUCUUAAGUAUUUAGGCUUAUUUAUCAUAAUAACAUUCACAUAUAUGAUUGCAUGGACUGCAAUCAAUUUGGAUUAUAUUAGUUCUAGUCCAUGGGUUGGAGAAGAUCAUACAGUUAUUAAAAGCAUGAAACCCCUAUCACCAUCAUCUACAUCAGCUGUCAGUAUGAAACAAGAAGGUUUUAUCAAAGUUCCAAAACAGAAUAACCGAAGUCAUUUUGAAGAGUUGCAUUCAAAUAAUUGGGAUGCUAGUAAUAAUAAUAAUAAUGGUAAUGAUAAUAAUCGGAAUGGAAGUUUACAGAAUCCUGCAUAUUUGGAUAAUUCAGAUGAUUCAAUUGAUAUUAUCACUUUUGAAGUAUGUCGUGCUAUGUCAUGGGAUGUUGUAGUUGAAUUGGCUGAAUUCAUUAUUUUGGCGAUCAGUAUUCAUUACUGUCGGUUAGUUCGCACAGCUCCAACAGAAUACAAUGAAACUCAAUAUAUUAGUGUAGCAUUAAUCAUUGAAAUGACGGUAUCUGGUUUAUUACAUUUACUAAGACAUUUUAUUUGGUACAGUGUUCAUCCUGAUUAUAUAUUCCUGUUGUAUUUCGCUAGAUCACAUAUUACAAUAACUGUGAACCUUUUGUUAAUUUUUGUGCCAAAGGUUACAUUUUUAUGUCGUUCAUCAAAAAGUCUAUACAAUACAAGUCGUUCAAGGGGUUCCCCUGGAGCUGUUUUUUCUACAGAUCCGCACUUAGCUACUGCUGGAAAGUUGAAUCUUGUAUCAAAUGGUGAUUUAGACAUUGCUGAUGUGAAUUUAGCCGAUAUGGAUCCAGAAGUGAUACGGCGUGAACUCAAACGUCUGUAUACACAGAUUGAAUUAUACAAAACUAAGGCAAUGAGAAAGGAUAAUCCUCAUAUUAGUAAACGUAGAGGAGGAAGGAAACAACGUCGGUUUUCACUACAACCAUUUCAUAAACGACAUCAUGGACAAACAUCAUCUGUUCUAAGUGGUAAUGUUCCAUUGGUUGGUAUACAAUCAGACACAGGGUGUUGUUGUAAUGAAUGUCAAUCAUCAAAAUUUACCAUACGAUUAUGCCCGCAUCAUUGUAGUCGACAUACAAGCGGGGCAAGUCGUACAGGUUGUUCAGCUACCAGUGGAACAGGAGGAGGAGGAGGUGGUAGUGGGGGAGGUAGUAUUAAUCGUGGAAAUUAUUCAACUGUUUUACACGAUGAAGAGAUCUCCAAACUCUCUGAAGAAUCAACAAACAGUGCUGAUGAUCAUUCAUCACUCGGUAAUCUACUACAAGCUCAACAACAACAACAGCCAACUCAUACACAAUCAUCUCAACAAUUACCACAGAGUAAAUUGUCUAGCUCAGUGGAUGUAAAACACAAUGAUAAAGAAACAACUGCUGUUGACUACAGUGGAAGUGAUACAAAACCUUCGAAGUCUAAAUCAUCUGGUAAAACAAGAUAAAGUUAGUUUAAAAAAAUGAUUUACUCACAGUUUGCUUUCUCAUUCUUUGCCCUUCCCUAGUGGAACAUACGGAUCUAGGUUUUUGAAAUUUUAGUAGCGGUGAAGGUGUGUUGCUAAUUUCAUGCGUAUCUUCGUCUCUUUUCCGGACUCACUGUCAGCUAGUAAAACAGGCGAGGUUGAGGAGUGGAUCGUCCAGGAACUGAACCUUGGUUAUGUACGUAAUUUUCUAUAGUUUGGUUUUUAAGGGCUAGUUAUGCUUUUACAAGUUGAUCUUGGGCUCGAAUCCCAUUGGGAGCGUACUGCGGAUGACUCCCAAACUAGGAAUAAACAGCUGUUGAUCCAUAUUUCCCACUUGGGACUCAUGAUAGUACCAUUCUAGUUAUUUAUAGCUAGCAAAACAAACAAGUUGCUGGAUUGUGUACUUUUUCGAUAUGUGUCCUAUCUUAAUAGUUAUUUAAAUACUCUUAGUAAGCAUGUGCUCUUAUAUCGCUCUUCUUGGAUGCUCUCAUUAACCGUUACUUAUCAGAAAUCUGAAGUAUACAUCAUUAUCAUUUGAAAUAACCUGCGUCAUCACUUAAAAUAAAGGCAUACAAGACAGCUACUCUGUCUCCUCUCUAUGACUGUUUACAAUAUCUAUCACCAGCUAUUGGGUGGAACAUAACAUGUAUCAGGAGUGACUUGCUUUUCAGUAGUGCUGAAUAUUAUAAUGUUGGUUCUUGACAAUGUCCUGUUAAGCAGAGGGCCCUAAAUUUAAACAUCAGCAAAGAUUUCGAGGAAAUUAGUCGUAUUAGCUAGUUAAUACUCCCCCACUCACACUUAAUCUCAGCACUUUAUUAGCCAGUUGAGUUAAAAGCUUUAUUACCGCCGGCUUUUAAAUGAAUUAAGAAGCGAGUUCGAAUUCCGUUCGGAAGACUCGAUAGAAUGAGAUAGAUAACUUUGUUUGUCAUUUUCCAGCCGAUCAAUUAUGAUCGCUCAAGCGAAGUACAAGCUACCUAGCUGUGCCACUCCUAUAUGUAUCUACAAAUUUAUCUAUUCCUUUGGAGAAAGCCUUUUACACAUACCCGAAGCUAUGGGAAUUCGAGAGAACAAUCCUAGUCUUUUGAAUACAAACGAAGUUUGUUCUAUCUUUGUCUCUCUCUCUCUCUCCCUUGCUUACCUAGGUAAAUUGUCAUCAAAACCCUCCCACCCUUUCUUAUUUUCCAUUCUCUUCGUACUUUUAUGAUAGUGAUUUAAACUCUGAUUAUCCAUCCACUUCACCUUUAGUAUUAUGUAACUUUUAAGGUUUGGCCUAAUUUAUUUAUUGCAUUGUCUACAUAUACACAUACUCCCUUCCUUAUUCUUAUCGCCACUUGCAUAAACUUUAUUAUCAUUAUUUCGUUAAUAAUAAUAAUAAUAACAGCUUUAUUCCAAACAGUAUUUGUGGUACAGGUAUGGAAUUUUCAGCGUGCAUUACA